AUGAUGUUAGACUCAAGGAUGACGUCUUGUGUUGAGAUACUCCUGUGCUGUUUGCUCCUACUGGGGUUAGGUAACCAAGAUACAGCAGCUGCCUCAAGUCCACCAGUGCCUUCCUGGCCAGAUCAGUUCUCUGUACAGCUAACUAUCUAUGUGGAGCAGUAUGGCAAUUGGCAAUCAAUAGGAGCUAUGUACUACAACUAUACUCAAAAAACAUUUCGAGCAGACUACAUAGACUGGUGCCUUCCUCUGUUUGACACUGGGUCGCCAGAUAAAAACAACUACACCUGCACCUUUUUAGCCACACAGGGCAGUAUGUACUUCGUUAACCACACAGCUCUUAGUUGGGACGAUUACCAGUGCUGUCUGUUUGAGGAGGGGUUGGCAGCAGUUCCUCCUGACUGGAUGAAGAAUUGUCAGUACAAUGGGACGCAACAGAUUUGGGACACGGAGUGUGAUGCCUGGUGGUUCCCGGGAACCAGUGACCCAGAGAAGCCAUGCUACGGAUACUGGACCGCUCAGGACGACCAACGCACACCGGUCCAGUUCUUUGGGCUCAGUUCAGUUGGUCCUACUAUUCUAAAGUAUAGUGGGUACAAGCCAGGCCCAUUUGACGUUCCCCUGAACCUACCGAGUGCUUCGUGUCAGCAGGAAUGCAAACCUCCACUGAGCAAGAGACUGAGGAAGGCCAUGGGAGGAGGGCGGAAGAGGGAGCAGGCCUGGCCCAUACAGUGGCCCUCAUGCUAACGGUCACUCUCUGAUGUUUGAGUGCCAAUGUUCGUAAACUCACACAUACAUGUAUGUGUAGCAUAAUAUUAUACUGACUGUUUGUGAUACAGCAAUAAUGCACAGGUUUACCGAGAACUGAAUUGUCAUGUAUGUUGAAUUUCAUUGUUUGAUAAAUUCACUGUCUGCACAGGACAAUCAAAA